AGACUUUUCGACCUAACACUUGACAAGCUUAGACUGUCAUGCUAGCGAAACUAUAAGCUGGACCGAGGAAGUCUCCAGACAUGGUAGAGGAGAGGAUGGGGGACUGUUGGAGCUACACCAAGGAUCAGUUUGACAACUUGGAGAAGCAUACACAGUGGGGGAUCGAAUUUGUGGAGAAGUACACCAAAUUUGUCAAGGAGAGAUCGGAGAUUGAAAUCAACUAUGCAAAACAAAUUAGGAAUUUAUCAAAGAAGUAUCAACCCAAGAAGAACUCACGAGAGGAGGAGGAGAGCAAGUACACCUUCUGUCGAUCCUUCCUGAUCACGCUUAAUGAGUUAAAUGACUAUGCAGGUCAACACGAGGUUAUAGCAGAGAACUUAACGUCUCAAAUCAUCACAGAGCUUUCACGCUACCUGCAGGAACUCAAGACCGAGAGGAAAUCGCACUUCCAUGAUGGGCGUAAGGCACAGCAGCACAUUGAGAGCUCGUGGAAACAACUGGAAUCGUGUAAAAGACGGUUUGAAAGGGACUGUAAAGAGGCAGACAGAGCACAGCAAUACUUUGAGAAGAUGGAUGCUGACAUUAACGUGACUAAGGCUGAUGUGGAAAAGGCAAGACAGCAAGCUCAGAUGAGACACCAGAUGGCUGCUGACAGUAAGAGCGAUUACUCCUCCUACCUGCAAAAGUUCAACCAGGAGCAGAAUGAUCAUUACUAUACAAUUAUCCCCAACAUAUUCCAGAAACUUCAAGACAUGGAGGAGAGAAGAAUUGAGAGGAUAGGAGUGUGCAUGAAGACGUUUGCAGACGUGGACCGCCAAGUGCUGCCCAUCGUGGGGAAAUGUUUAGACGGCAUGACGAAAGCCGCUGAGUCCAUCGAGCCCAAGACGGACUCAAAGCAGGUGGUGGAGUCCUAUAAGUCCGGAUUCGAGCCCCCGGGAGAUGUGGAAUUUGAGGACUACGGCCAAGCCAUGAAGAGAACGGCGUCUGAAACUAGCCUGUCCAACGCCAGGGAGGGCAAGGAGAAACCUGCUGGCAAGAGCAAGGGCAAACUGUGGCCUUUCAUUAAGAACAAGAACAAGCUUAUGUCCCUGUUAACGUCCCCCCACCAGCCCCCACCUGCCCCCCCAGCCUCAUCCCCUCCCUCACCCUCUGCUGUUCCCAACGACCCCCAGUCUCCCAAGCAGCACAAGGAGCCCCUCUCCCACCGCCUCAACGACUUCAUGACCUCCAAACCCAAAAUGCAUUGCCUCCGGAGCCUGAGGCGAGGGCUUUCUCUCAAGCUGGGUUCUGGACCAGAGGACUUCAGCCACCUGCCACCGGAGCAGAGGAGGAAGAAGCUGCAGGGCAAGAUAGAUGAACUGAAUAAAGACAUUCAAAAAGAGAUGGACCAGAGGGACGCUCUAACAAAGAUGAAAGACGUUUACGUGAAGAACCCUCAGAUGGGCGACCCUGCCAGCGUAGACCCCCGGCUAUUAGAAAUAGGCCAGACCAUUGAGAAGCUCCAGUCUGAAGUGCAGAAAUUUGAGGGCUGGUUAGCAGAGGUGGAGGAGAGGAUGCCAUCCAAGAGUGACACACACCGGAGAAGUGGACUCUAUGAGACCCAGAACAACACAACAGUGAGCAACAACUGUGCGCAGGACAGAGAGAGGCCCUUGAGCAGCCCGGAUGGCAGCUACACAGAGGAGCAGAAUUCAGAGACUCAGGUCAAAGUCAACACCCACCCCAUCCCCACCUCCACCGUGCCGGAGUUUGACGAUGAGUUUGACGAUGAGGAGACCUUGCCCACCAUCGGCACCUGCAAAGCCUUGUACCCCUUUGAAGGCCAGAACGAGGGUACUAUCUCCGUAGCUGAGGGCGAGCUGUUGUACGUCAUAGAGGAAGACAAAGGAGACGGGUGGACACGAGUGCGCAGGAACGAGGACGAGGAGGGAUACGUCCCCACAUCCUACGUCGAGGUCUUUUUGGAAACAAAUGCCAAAGAUUCCUAAAAGUGAGAGGCUGGCUGAGGAAUGGCAGGGCAAGCAGCCUCGGAGAAACCACCACGUUCCUCACACGCUCUCACUGAGUCAGAGAGAGAAAAAGUGAAAGAUGACCUGAAUCUAAAAGAGAGAGCCGGCCGAUAAUAACACAUCUCAAUUUCCAAACCGUUACCGUAUAAAAACAACAACAAAAAAAAACUUAUCAGCAGUGUUGUGCUUCCUCUGCAGAGCUCUGCAAAGUGAAGCAAAGAUAAGAGAAAUUCAUCUAAAUUUUAGCGCUCAUAACCUUUUCCAUUCUUAACACCCAUUCAGCAGUCACAACCACAGUAUACAAUUUGCUUUUUGUUGUUUUCGGCAAAGCUUUGCUUCUUAAUGUAACUAACUCCGCUUGCACCACCGCGCGGCCAUGAACGUGGCUGUUGGCUUCCUCGCUCUGAACGCCCCCCCGCCCCGCCCCCCUCGGCUCUGCCACUUCUGUUUUUCCUUACCUUUUCCCCCGGUGCACACACACACACACACACACACACAUGGAAGAGGGUGUGGUCAGAGACAGGACGGAGACCAGCAGGAUCCUACGGACAAAAGACCAGCUGGAGGAAGCCAUGUUCCCCCCUUCAUCCAGCGGUUUGUGUGUGUGUGUGUGUGUGUGUGUGUGUGUGUGUGUGUGUGAGUGAGUCACUCACUCACUCAUUGACUCCACAGAGAAUCAUCCUGGACUCAUCUACCCCGCCCCCCCCCUCCUCACUAAAAUCAGCUCCAUAUUCGCAGGUUUCACCCAACUGGAAACAGAAGAAGUGCAGGUGCUAAUCAUUCAUUUCUGUGUCACGUGUCUCUGGUUUGUUUCAUGGAUCUGAAUGCUUGUAUGUACGCCUUAUUUUUGAAGGUUUUGUGUGUCGCAAUGUCUCAUUUUCUCCGCACCACUGUCACUCCUACACACCCAGGACCACCUGGAGGCAAAAGAGAUGGAUGAUGAAUCAUUCGCCAUCACUCUCCUCCACCAGUUCCUGCACUGGUGCCUGUUCCUCUCUCUGACCACCCCCCUCCCCCCCACACUUCCACGGCCCUUCCCUUCUCAGGCGGCUCAGGCUGUCCCUUGGCUGCUUUGACACUCCCCCCCCUUUCCUUUUUUUGCAACAGCUUGGGGGCAGGGGCCUCUCAGCGUUGUGGUGUGCUGCAUGCUUGCCCUGUCUUCCUCUCCUCGCCCCUCUGCUGGCAGCCCAGAAGAGGUGGUGGGGGGUGUUUGGUCAGCUUAUGCCCCCCUGCCUCCGGCCACCAGUCUUUCUGUUCAGUUAACCCUCAUUGCCUGGUCGUACUGUUUGAAUUAACCUGAAUGCUACUGUUUGGGUUCGGUGCCUGUGGCUCUUUUCUUUUCUUUUCUUUUGUUUUUUUUUUGUUUUUUUUUUGUCUUUUUAAUAUCUCUUUUCAGUUGUUGGUUCAGAAAGCAUGUUUCCAUGUUUUUAACAGAGUGAGUGGGCGAUCACCUCCUCCCAGUGUUCCCCAGUUCAGUCUCAAAACUGUCAGAAAAGGACAACAGGGACCCGAAAUGUUGUUUUCUGAACGAUCUUAUGCAUAGGUAGGAUGGAUGUCUCGUGCAUUUGUUUUACUGUAAGUUCACAGUACAGUAUGUAUGUAAAGAUGUUAGUGUUGUAUGUUUUGAUCAGAGUGUCUAACGCAAGUUGUUGUUAGUUUACAGUUAAUCACCUUGUGGAACUGUUUCCACUUGGCCCAAGCAGCAGUCCACCCAAAAAAAUAAAACCUAUGAAGAUAUAUGAUUUACACCUGAUGUUUUUACGACGGUCCACUUACUUUCUACUGUAUAUGAAAAUAUACUGUGAUUCAUCAUUUUCCUGUGAAUUUGUGAGCGAAGUGUGACCGAAUCACCUGUUUCGGGCCUUAACCAGGUUUGUGUUCAAUCACUGGGAAAAAGAAUGACGCUGAUAUUAGCUGUGCUAUGGCGAAAGGAUUAAGAUGUGAUUAGCAAAAGUUUGGGGGCAAAUUUCAUAGAUUUUCUAAUCAUGAAACUGUCAGAUGAGAGGAAUUAUGUCCACUGAUACCACUCCCCCUCUUGCUCUUCGGCACAUAACGUAUGUGAUUUUAACAUUUCUGUUUUAUAUUUGAUGAUCUUAAGUUGAGAUUUUUGCUUUUCUGUUUUUAUUUUUGAGCUGGAAAAUUUGUUGUAGCUUUUUUUUUUUUUUUUUUUUCUGCCUGAACGGGACUAAAAUCCCUUAACUGCAAAUAUAAGUAAUAAUUACAUUGUUUGUGUUUUGGAUGAAGCCAUUGCUGAAUAUUCAUCUGAUGCAGAAUAUAAUGAACACUUCUUAAAUGGAUGAGUAAUGGACACAAUGACCCUUUGGACUCCUGAUGGAAGGAAUGAUCAAAUCCCUGCUGAAGCAAGCUGAAAAGUGCCACGUUCGCUUUUCGCCACCCAUCUCAAUAAGUCACGUUACCAAACGAGCCCUUAUGUUUGUUUUACUGUUUCUGUGUGAUAAAUCACAAGAUCAAUCUGACGAGGCAAAGACCACCACUUCAGUGGCAGCAGUGGCUUUGCAGCAGCCACCUGCCUGCCAGCGCUCUGCGAUGAGACCACCACAAAGGUUUUAGUCGAUGCCCCAGAAUAACCUGCCUGUACAGUGGAAAUGGCGAGAUGGAAUUAGAGAGAAUAUAUAUGAAUAUAUAAAUAAAGUUUAAAAAAGGAAAACAUCUAUUUUAACUAUUGAGAGUCUUACCAUUACUUUAUCUGCUUUGCAAAGUAAGACUUCUUUUCCUUUGUAAGGUCUACCAAACGGUGUGUUUUGCACUUUUUUCGUUUGUGUUCCAUUUGGUAGCCCAUGCUUGUGUUUUGGAGCACUGAAUACUUUGUAUUGUGUUUACUGUGCCAAUUAAAUAUGCCUGGAAAGUAAA